CGAGAUCGAUCUCUCUCAAGGGACCUUGCUUGCCGCCACCCCCACCGCAGUUACAGUUAUAGCUAGGGAUCUGAGGACUAGCUGAUGGACAGCAGGAGGGAGUCCUCGGAGACCUUGAGGAACAAAUGCGCAGCCUGCUUCAGGCAGUACAACAGGAUGGAGCACCUGGUGGAGCACAUGAAGGUCUCGUACCACUCGGUGCACGAGCCCAGGUGCGGCGUCUGCGGGAAGCACUGCCGCUCCUUGGAGUCGCUCAGGGAGCAUCUCAUCGGGCCGUUGCCCAAGGUGGAGUGCGCGCGGGUCUUCGGCGUCCGCGGCUGCAGCAUCUGCCUCAACGUUCUCGACAGCAGCGCCGCCGUCAGAUACCACCGUGCGGCCUGCCAGUACUCUCGUGCUGCUCCGAUGCCCAGGGGCGGUAGCAUGACUGGGCGCGCGGUCGCCCUGGCUUGCAAGAUGGUAGGGGGAGGAAGCGACGGCUCCAUGGACCUUUGUGCGAGGGUGUGCCUCGUUGGAGAAGAUGAGCACGUCAUCUUCCAGACCUAUGUCAAACCUACACUCCCUGUCACGAACUACAGGUAUGAAGUGACUGGGAUAAGGCCAGAGUACCUGAGGGACGCAAUGCCGCUCAAGGUUGCGCAGAGAAGAAUCCAGGAAAUCCUGUGCAACGGGGAGUCACUGUGGAAGUUACGCCCAAGAAGCUAUGGUAGGGCAAAGGUACUCGUUGGUCAUGGCCUCGACCAUGACCUUGAGCGCCUAGGGUUAGAGUACCCGGCAUUCAUGAUCAGGGAUACUGCAAAAUACCCACCACUAAUGAAGACUAGCAAGCUGAGUAACUCCCUCAAGUACCUUACACAAGCAUACCUCGGGUAUGACAUCCAUACUGGCAUUCAGGACCCCUACGAGGACUGCGUCGCAACAAUGAGGCUGUACAUCAGGAUGAGAUCACAGGCUCACCAGAGAGAUUACAACUCCGGCUCUGGCGAGGCCCAGAACAACUAUCCAGCCUGGAGGCAGAGGGAGCUCGACAGGAUGAGCCCAGAAGAACUCCUGGCACUUUCAGCAUCAGACUACUACUGCUGGUGCCUGGAUUACUAAACCGAUCGGCUUAUAAGGAAAAUAAGGCAGGCGAACGUUGUCGGUUGACAUGUUCCGUCUAUGGCGAUCAUCUUUAGAUGUACAAGUAGCUUGCGGCUUUGCUAUAUUGGGGGUUAAUUAAAGCGUAUAAACAAAGGAUUCUAUAUAAAUGUAUUGAUGCCUUAGAUCUGUAUAAGAAGCAAUAUCAUGAUUU